UGCUUCAUAGUAGUACGCAGGCGCCAACGGUUGGCGGGGGUGCGCGCGCGCUGGUUUGAAUAUUCCGUCGUUUUGUUUUAUCGGUGGCGCGGAGAUGGCAGCCAGAGUGAACGGGAACGUGAAGAUUCGGCCGAGACUGGCUAACGAUGAUGUGGAGCUUUUGCAGCAAGCGGUUGAAUAUUUUACUACUGUGAAGGAACGAACUCCAUCAAAUGGAAAUCUUCAUCUAGACACAAUUGAAGGCAUUGCUUUUGAGAGAGGCUUGCCCCCGGAUGUAAUUGAGUCACUUCUGGAUGUGGUUAUGAGUGCCAGACUUGUUGACAGGUUUAAUACACGCCUUUUAAAGUGCCUUAUUCCAGCUUCUGUAGUCCCUGAAUGUGCAGUGACAAAUGCUAUCUCUUGGAUGUGUACAAGAAAACCUUCCAUCAAUGUCCAGGUGCUGUUUAUCAGAUGGUUAUUAACCGUUUUUGAUCUUUUGGACUCAAAGAAGCAAUUGCAUUCAUUGUAUGGCAUCAUUUUCUUCUACCUUCAAAAUGACAAGUUGUGUCCAUAUAUAUGUCAUCUAUUGUACCUGCUAACUAAAAAGGAAAACGUUAAACGAUUCAGAGUCAAGAAGCUGAUUGCUCUGCAGGCCAAAAUGGGAAUGCAAUCAAAUCUGAUGGCUCUUAUUUUGCUGUAUAAGAUCCAUGCACCUGAAUAUGUAUCAUUGACAUGUCCUCGACGACUCAAGAAUUUGCAAGUGUCUCGGUCAUUCUGGAAGAAAGCCAUUGAAAGGGUUCAGAAUAAUGGUUGUAGGCAGUUGUCUGGAACCCCAGAACUGGUGAAUAUAACAGAGCCUCCAAUGCGGAAAAGGAAAAAGAAGAUGCAUCGUGAAUUGAUUCCAGUUGUCAGCAGUGCUCCACACUUGACAGAACUGUCUGGUUCUCUGAUGCAGAGUACAAGUUUUCCUUUGGAACAAUUAGCCACAUUCUCCCAACUAUUGGAUAACUUUGAUCGAAUAGAGUUCCCGGCACAGAUGGGCUCUCUGAUGCGAUCUCCUCUAUUGCUUCAUUACAUUAAUUGGGUAAAAGAUGACACUGCACUUCUGCGGCUUGAUUUCUGGCUGGCUCAAACUCUUCAGGAAGAGUUCGCAGACUGUAGUGGUGACUCGUUGCAGAAGGAAAAAGAAUUCAUAGAAUUUCUAAAUAUCAUCAUUAGAACUCAAGAAUUUCUACAGGAAGGAUUUUCAUGCUGUGAGGACUUUGCAUUCAAGAGCUUAUCUCUUUAUGAUAGUUCGUGGUGUAGCUCUCAGAUCCUUGCCUUGCUCACGAGGAUUUCACCAAGCACUGAUGUGAUUUCCUUUUAUUUUGAUCCAUUAAUGAAGCUGUUCUUCACUUCCUCAAUUUAUUUUAAGUGCAGCGUAAUUGAGAGUCUCACCAGCCUAUUGAUGAAAUGGCUAACCUGGCAUUGUGUGUGUGUAGCUGAUUUGGACAGAGAUAUUCCCAAUGUUUUAGAAAGUCCACAGAAUGUUUCUCUUUCUGGAUUGGUGAAUUCAGUUUCUGAACUUGUGGAAUUUACUGCAAGAAUUUCAGUCGUAGCACUUCAGAUGGAGGCCUACAGCAGUCUGCUGUUGCAUUUCAUUCUCAAUUUCUAUGAGACGGUAUCUGAUAUGUAUUUGAAAUACAGUCUGCCCCUGGUGAUUUUGCCACCUGCUGGUAUAAUUUAUCCAGCACUACUGAGUUUGGAAUCGGUGAGUCUGAAUCAGCUGUGUCACAUUAUGUACAGGUACCGGACAAAUCUAACCGCUUUGAAAUCCUUGGAUUUGAGUACAAAUGUACAAAUAGGUUUGAAGGUGAAUAGGAAAACAUUUCAGCAGUAUAAUGCAUUUAUGAAAACUGCCGUCAGCUGCUUGUGGACAUCAAGAAACUUUGAGCAAGACAUUCAUCCUAUGGGUAUUGGAAUUGAAUAUAAUCUGCUCGCACAGACCAAGGUUCCAGACUCCCUGAGCAGUUUUACUCUUGUUAAGCAUCCAGCGCUCAUGGGACAUGCCAUAAAUUUUACUCAAAAGGGAUGGCCCAAUGGAAAGAAACGAUUACAUGCAAUACAGGGAAAGAUAUGGAACUGGUAUGUCAAGUACUUAUACAACCAAGGACUUGAUGGACUUAAACAUUUCCUUGAAUCUUGCAUCCACACAGUGUCCACUUCAGAACAUUAAACUACAAGCUAUGGCACUACUGAACUGUACUAUUGAAUAUUUUAAGAGAUUCCACAGCAUCUAUCUGCUUUUAUUAAAUACACAAGAUGCCCAGCUGCUUCCUGCAUAAUUGUCUGCACAAUAAGUGGAGGAUUGAUAUUAAAUGAAGAGGAACUGGUACAUUUGUUGAUCCAAACACACAUCAUAGCUGACCUUGCAGGUUUGCUGUACUGUCCAGGAAUCUGCAGAGCACAAUGUAUAAAUAGUAAAAUGUAGUGUUGCAUUGAAUUAUACUUUUAAUGAUCCAAGAUAUCGGAGAAGGAUGGCACAAAUCACCAGAUUUUGUGGAACUUUUCAUGCUACACAUUAUUUUAUUGAAAUAUAUGUUAUGUAAAGUACAUAAAGUGAACACUGACAGGCAGAGCAUGAAGUGGUUGGGAAUGGCAUUGGACAAUUACUGUGAGAUGGUUUUAACAUUUUGCAAAAUUGUGUUUAUAAAUAAUUUAAUUGCUCACUUAUCAGUAAAAUGUUAGCUUUGCUUUUCGUUGUUCUUCAUUUGUUAGCACUAUAUUGUUUUCCUCGAGCAAGGUGAACCAUUUGUAAGAUUUUUCUGAAAUGAUCUCUGUCUAUCAUAAACAUUUGGAAUGUACAACUGUACUUUGUUGAUGUCCCAGUACGUGGACAAAGUAUCUUGCCAAGCAUUUUGCUUUUUGAAAUGUAGUUAAGUUGGUAAAUGAAUUGAUUUGACUAAGUUGUUAUUACAGUACUUACAAUUUAAUAUUGCUAUGAUUGAUUUUUUUAAGUGUCUUUUCAAAACUAAAAUCAGAAUUGUGAAAUGUCACUUACUGAUGCAUCAGGUAUUUGUAGGACAAAGAAAGAAAUUACAUUUUUAUAGUGAUGCCUAAAAUUUCAGUUAUAGAUGGCAUUUCCUUCCCAAAGUGUUAUAGAUUCAAGAUAAAUUUCUUUCUAAUAAUGACUGUUCAAAGUAAUAUUUGAAAUGGAACCUGACAGCUGAAAGAAAUUGGCUUGCAACCAUGCAGAACUUAAAACAAAGUAUAAGGAGUGCUAUUUAUUAUUUAAAGAAUACCUUGCAAUUUAUUUUUCCUCCAGUUCCAAACAUGGUAAAUGUAGAAUGUAUAUACAACUGUUUAUCGAAACUUAAACCUAAAGGAUUUUUGUAGGAUUGUCUUGUUCACUGAUGUUAAUGCCACUGCUCCAGAGGUUUCAGCAGUUUUCAUUUUGCUGGUUGCCUUUGUAUUUAUGCCACUGGUGUUAUUUGCCUGAUCUGAAGUGUUUGUCCAUGAUGGGCAAUGGAAAAUAGUAUUGAUAUUGGAAAGCAACUGGCUUAAGAGGAGGAAAUUAAGUCGUUAUUUUCUUCUCAAGUUAUCUGAACUGCACGUAAAGGGGUGUCACCGAUUUACAAAUAUCUGAUGUAUGAAUGCUUGUACUGAUAUAUGUGAUCCUACAUGGACAUAUAAUUUUAAAGAUCUUACAAACAAACAUUUCCUGUA